CUCAAGACCCUUCUACCAUCUCCUGACCCCCACAACGUUACCCGUCUCCUGCCUGUGGCCUGCCUUUGCCCUGCCAUCCCUCAAGACCGUUGUGGAGCUGCUACUCCCUUCUGUGCCCCUUUAGGUGUGGAUUUUUCCCAGUGCAGAGGCCAAGCUCUUGGCUGUCCUCCUGGGAGACUGCUCUGGAUGGUUCUGUUGCCAGGGAAGGGAGGCCUGCGUGUCCAGACCCCUGCCCACCAUGCUGCUUAAAAGUGUCUUCAGGAGAGAACUGGGACCUGGGCUUGGCCAGAGCCUGUGGAUGGCGCUGGGGCUGGGGCUGAGUUGUGGGCUGGCCAAGCAGGUCAAUGGCCAGCAAGGAGGGGGGUCCGAGCCGGCAGCGGCGGCGGCAGUGGUGGCAGCGGGAGACAAAUGGAAACCUCCACAGGGCACAGACUCCAUCAAGAUGGAGAACGGGCAGAGCACAGCCGCCAAGCUGGGGCUGCCUCCCCUGACGCCCGAGCAGCAGGAGGCCCUUCAGAAGGCCAAGAAGUACGCCAUGGAGCAGAGCAUCAAGAGCGUGCUGGUGAAGCAGACCAUCGCGCACCAGCAGCAGCAGCUCACCAACCUGCAGAUGGCAGCAGUGACAAUGGGCUUUGGAGAUCCUCUCUCACCUUUGCAAUCGAUGGCGGCUCAGCGGCAGCGGGCGCUGGCCAUCAUGUGCCGUGUCUACGUGGGCUCCAUCUACUACGAGCUGGGGGAGGACACCAUCCGCCAGGCCUUUGCCCCCUUUGGCCCCAUCAAGAGCAUCGACAUGUCUUGGGACUCUGUCACCAUGAAGCACAAGGGUUUUGCCUUUGUGGAGUAUGAGGUCCCUGAAGCUGCACAGCUGGCCUUGGAGCAGAUGAACUCGGUGAUGCUGGGGGGCAGGAACAUCAAGGUGGGCAGACCCAGCAACAUAGGGCAGGCCCAGCCCAUCAUAGACCAGCUGGCUGAGGAGGCACGGGCCUUCAACCGCAUCUACGUGGCCUCAGUGCACCAGGAUCUCUCAGACGAUGACAUUAAGAGUGUGUUUGAGGCCUUUGGCAAGAUCAAGUCUUGCACACUGGCCCGGGACCCCACAACUGGCAAGCACAAGGGCUAUGGCUUCAUUGAGUACGAGAAGGCCCAGUCGUCCCAGGAUGCUGUGUCCUCCAUGAACCUCUUUGAUCUCGGUGGCCAGUACUUGCGGGUGGGCAAGGCCGUCACACCGCCCAUGCCCCUGCUCACACCGGCCACGCCUGGAGGCCUCCCGCCUGCCGCUGCUGUGGCAGCUGCUGCAGCCACUGCCAAGAUCACAGCUCAGGAAGCAGUGGCCGGAGCAGCAGUGUUGGGUACCCUGGGCACACCUGGACUGGUGUCCCCAGCACUGACCUUGGCCCAGCCCCUGGGGACUUUGCCCCAGGCUGUCAUGGCUGCCCAGGCACCUGGAGUCAUCACAGGUGUGACCCCAGCCCGUCCUCCUAUUCCGGUCACCAUCCCCUCAGUGGGAGUGGUGAACCCCAUCCUGGCCAGCCCUCCGACGCUGGGUCUCCUGGAGCCCAAGAAGGAGAAGGAAGAAGAAGAGCUGUUUCCCGAGUCAGAGCGGCCAGAGAUGCUGAGCGAGCAGGAGCACAUGAGCAUCUCGGGCAGCAGCGCCCGCCACAUGGUGAUGCAGAAGCUGCUCCGCAAACAGGAGUCCACAGUGAUGGUUCUGCGCAACAUGGUGGACCCCAAGGACAUCGACGAUGACCUGGAAGGGGAGGUGACAGAGGAGUGUGGCAAGUUCGGGGCCGUGAACCGCGUCAUCAUCUACCAAGAGAAACAAGGCGAGGAGGAAGAUGCGGAAAUCAUUGUCAAGAUCUUUGUGGAGUUUUCCAUAGCCUCCGAGACUCAUAAGGCCAUCCAGGCCCUCAAUGGGCGCUGGUUUGCUGGCCGCAAGGUGGUGGCUGAAGUGUACGACCAGGAGCGUUUUGAUAACAGUGACCUCUCUGCGUGACGUUGGCCCCUCUCCCCGGACUUGCACUUGUUCCUUGUUUCCUCUGGGUUUUAUAGUGAUACAGUGGUCCCCGGGGCCAGGCGCGCUGUGCCCAGCCUGGCCUAUAGUGCGGAUAAAGGUGCGGAUGCUGCUGGCCCUGAA